AUGGCGGAUCAUUUAUUUUAUCCUGGCGCCCCUCCGAGGCCCCUUCGGAUUGAGUAUGACGGCCCGCUCUACGAUGGAGGCGAUUGGGAUACGUUUCCCUCUCGUAGUGGCUGGCUGGACGGACCUGGAGCAGAGAACUGGCUUGCACGCCAUAUUCCUUUCGUGAAACUGCCCGACGAGUUGGAGUACUUGUUUCAAUACCAAUCGAGCAUGGAGUCCUGGCUCUACUUUGGCAUGCUGCACUAUGUCUUCGGUGACCGGCUGGAUCAGUCCGACUUCAUUAUCCUCCGUGAUGACGAGAGCGAAGGCCAGGGGUACUACAUCACGACAAGAUAUCUGCACAAAUACGUUGAGGAUAUGGAGGAUUGGAAGAACAACAACCGCGGAGCCCGAACUGUCGAGAUUGUGAACAAAGUCCUCGAACUUCUUCCCAGCUACAUCCGUUUCAUCGGGGACGGAAUGUCCUUGGCUAUUCGCCUGGCCAGCCAUGCUCUCUGGAACGUUGCGGUCAAGCGAGAUGGACCACAGACCAGCCCCCGCUUGAUAGGAGUGUGGUCUCUUACCCGCACAGAGCUGGAGCGUCUGCCAUUAUUCAAUGGAUGGUGCCCCCUGGAUGCAGAGAAGUGUUGCGAAGCCGGCAUCUACCUAGAUACCCAGGCUUACCUGCUGCAACUACAUCGUCCCAAGCCUAGCUGGAACAAGAGAACGCAUGAUUCUUGUAUAAAGACGGAAUGCAUAGCGGACAAUAUAGAUGAGAGCAACUAUAUUACUCGCCAUGUGCAAGACGAUUGCAGCUGCUCACACAUCCACGCAGACAUUGAACAGCUACAUAGAGUGCUUCUGGACGGAGGAAUCCCUCUUGUAAGGAUCAGGUUCUGUGGGGAGGACGAGCUUGGGAACCCGCAGUAUAAGCUCGAGGUCGUGAAGAAUCGCACUCACAGGCCAUAUGUAGCGAUCUCUCAUGUAUGGGCUGACGGACUAGGCAAUCCCCAGGGCAACUCUCUCCCACACUGCCAAUUGGAGUUUCUUUACCAACGGGCCCUGCGCCUACUGAGUGACAGAGAAUACAUUCCUGGCUAUGAUGACAAGGUAUAUGGACCCCUGUACACUGGGGCCGCUCAAUUUGGCCACUUCGCAGCCAAAGCGAUCCGACGUGGAGACAAUUCUGUGCUGGUAUGGAUUGAUACACUAUGCAUACCACACCGUAAUGAUGUGCGAAGCCUGGCAAUUCAACGCAUCCGCGAUGUUUAUACUGGUGCCUCUCGGAACUUGAUUCUCGAUUCGGAGCUGAUGCUGGUCGACUCGAGCUCGUCUAAUAAAAUGGAAAUUUGCCUGAGAGUUCUGUACUGCUCCGGCUGGAUUCGUCGGUUAUGGACGCUCCAAGAAGGAUUGGCCGCAACAGACAAGCUAUUCGUGCUGUUGUCCGACAAGGCAAUCAAUAUCGGUACCAUCCCCUUCAUGCUCCUGACCAAAGUCGACCGAGGAGAAAUCCCCAUCUUCCAAGAGGGAAUUGCCACGAUGGCCGCAGUCUCUUGGUAUUCGUACUUUCAAGAACCCACCGACUAUGCCUCUCCAUUCCAUCGCUUUGUCGUCAAUAAUGGAGGUACCAAGGCCCAGGGCAAAAUAAUUGCUUGGAACUGGUUCAAUGUGGCUACACGAUCCAGCAGCAAGGACCGUGAUCGUCCGACUGUCCUAGCAGGUCUCCUGAGUCUGGAUGUCAGCAAGAUCCUCAAGAUCAAGGACUCCGAUGACCGAAUGCGGAAGUUAUACAGCAUGCUGGAUAUGUUUCCCCAAGACGUGCUCUUCCUUGAGGGCCCCAGAUUUGAAGAAUACGGAAUGGGAUGGGCAAUGACAACAUGUCGAUUUACUGGCGAAUUUGCUCCGCUUGUCAACGAUUCUGGAAAUAUCACGCCCCGGGGCCUCCACGUCACAAUUUAUCCUUCGCUGAUAGCUCUGUCUUCCGACCUGUUCGAUCUGGCACUGGCCAAGUCAAAGCGAUCCGACCCUGACCAAAGCCAGAUGAACUGGAAGAAGUGGCUUGAUGAUUCUAAGCCCUAUGCUAAUCCCGACGACUUGGGUUCGGACUUUGGCAGCCAAGCGACAGAGCCAGACGAUGAGGAGCUGUCAUUUCUGCACUUGAAAGGGACGGUUCCAAUCAAUCUCAGCCAGGGCGAGGCGUAUGGAAUCAUCCUACGGUCAGCCCUUCCUGAUCAAAUAUCCGCCCAAUGUGCGUUGGUCGCCCUACAGACAAGUGAAGAUGGAGUCCAUUAUGGGCGAUACAUUAGCACAGGAGGUAUGAGGGCUGCUACUUUCAACAGGAACCUGCAUGUUGUGGAAUUGCCUGAGGAUGGCUACCUUUUGGCAGGCACUUGGGGUGAUGCACAAACACAUGAAUGGAUUGUUGGUUAA